CCGGCACGCGGCGCUCGCGCUCCCUGCUUAAAUGAGCCUGGGCGGCCCGCGCCCGCCACUUCAGAGGGGCUCGCGCCGCGGCCGCAGGAGGAGCGGCCCGUGCGGGUGUCGUCCCUCGCGCCAGCGCGCCUCGGCUCCGGGGCGGUCGAUGGGACGGAGCGCCGCGGAGCAGGAGGCGGCGCCCGUCGGGGGGCUCGGGCAGCGCGGGAGCCCGCCGGGGGGCUCUGGCAUGGCGGGCUGCAGGACCUGAGCCCUGCCCCGCGGGGAGGCAGCCUGGUGGCCGGCGAUGGGGACCGAGCGGGACUGCCGCCGCGCCGGGCCGUGAGCGCCGCGCCGCCGCCGCCGCCGCCGCCGCCGCCUCGCCGCCGCCUCGGCCCCUCGCGAAGCGCCGGGCCGCUGGGGAACAUGGCCCUGGAGCAGCUCUGCGCGGUCCUCAAAGUGUUGUUAAUAACAAUACUUGUAGUCGAAGGGAUUGCUGUGGCCCAAAAGACCCAAGAUGGACAAAAUGUUGGAAUCAAGCAUAUUCCUGCAACCCAGUGUGGCAUUUGGGUUCGAACCAGCAAUGGAGGUCAUUUUGCUUCACCAAAUUAUCCUGACUCCUAUCCACCAAACAAGGAGUGUAUCUACAUUUUGGAAGCUGCUCCACGUCAAAGAAUAGAGCUGACCUUUGAUGAACAUUAUUAUAUAGAACCAUCAUUUGAAUGUCGGUUUGACCACUUGGAGGUUCGAGAUGGGCCAUUUGGUUUCUCUCCACUUAUAGAUCGUUACUGUGGUGUGAAAAGUCCUCCACUCAUUAGAUCAACAGGGAGAUUCAUGUGGAUUAAGUUUAGUUCUGAUGAAGAACUUGAAGGACUUGGAUUUCGAGCAAAAUACUCAUUUAUUCCAGAUCCAGACUUUACUUACCUAGGAGGUAUUUUAAAUCCCAUCCCAGAUUGCCAGUUUGAGCUCUCGGGAGCUGAUGGAAUAGUGCGUUCUAGUCAGGUAGAACAAGAAGAAAAAACAAAACCUGGCCAAGCAGUUGAUUGCAUAUGGACAAUUAAGGCUACUCCAAAAGCCAAGAUUUAUUUGAGGUUCCUAGAUUAUCAAAUGGAGCACUCAAAUGAAUGCAAGAGAAACUUCGUUGCAGUUUAUGAUGGAAGCAGUUCUAUUGAAAAUCUGAAGGCCAAGUUUUGCAGCACUGUGGCCAAUGAUGUGAUGCUGAAAACAGGAGUUGGAGUGAUCCGAAUGUGGGCAGAUGAAGGUAGUCGGCUAAGCAGAUUCAGAAUGCUCUUUACUUCCUUUGUGGAGCCUCCCUGCACAGGUAGCACUUUCUUCUGCCACAGCAACAUGUGCAUCAACAAUUCUUUAGUCUGUAACGGUGUUCAGAACUGUGCAUACCCUUGGGACGAAAAUCACUGUAAAGAAAAGAAAAAAGCAGGACUAUUUGAACAAGUCACUAAAACCCAUGGAACAAUUAUUGGCAUCACAUCAGGGAUUGUCUUGGUCCUUCUCAUUAUUUCUAUUUUAGUACAAGUGAAACAGCCUCGAAAAAAGGUCAUGGCUUGCAAAACUGCGUUUAAUAAAACUGGAUUUCAGGAAGUGUUUGAUCCUCCUCAUUAUGAACUGUUUUCCCUACGGGACAAAGAGAUUUCUGCAGACCUAGCUGACUUGUCAGAAGAACUGGACAACUACCAGAAGAUGCGGCACUCCUCCACUGCCUCCCGGUGCAUUCAUGACCAUCACUGUGGGUCGCAAGCACCCAGUGUCAAACAGAGCAGGACCAACCUGAGUUCCAUGGAACUGCCUUUCCGAAAUGAUUUUGCACAACCACAGCCAAUGAAAACAUUUAACAGCACUUUCAAAAAGAGUAGCUACACUUUCAAACAGGCACAUGAGUGCCCUGAACAGGCCCUAGAAGACAGAGUAAUGGAGGAGAUUCCUUGUGAAAUUUAUGUCAGAGGGCGAGAAGAUUCUGCACAAGCGUCCAUAUCCAUCGAUUUUUAACCUUCUACUAAGGGGACAUUAAUUAUUAAGUGUGUGUGUAUGCCGCCUACAGAGCACCCAUGCUCUUCAGCAGCCAGCCCUUUUCUCCUAUCAAAACUAGCAAGACCUUCGUUCCCACCAACCUACUGUAGCAGUGAAGCUUUUCUUGUCUCAGGCAGUCUAUGUGUUAAACCAACCAAGGGACCUCCUCCGGUCCAUGAACAAAAUAACAGUCACUAUUGCUUGGUGUCACACACACAAAGUACCAGCGAAAUAGCAUUUGAAGAGGGGGGUGGUGGUGCUGAGCCAGGCUCAGGCUGCCUGUUAGGCUUAGCAACAGGAAUACUGCUCUGGAUUGAUACAGCUUGUCAACAUUUUGAUCCCACAAUAAGUUUAAAAAUAAGAUUUGUCUCUACAUUCCUUUUGGGUUUUUUUCCCUCUAAAUUUAAUUUGUUUUAUAAGUCCGUGAUUUUACCAUUUUGGUUUCUUACAUAAACAUAAAUGGUCAACGUACCACACAUACUUCAAUACAGGCAUUUGUUCUAGAAUUUGUCAAAAUAUAACUCGUUACUGUGCUAAGUGCCAGUGAAGACCCAGAGUUCUGUUUCACCCAUCUGUUUCUUCUUGACUAAUUUCUAUACUGCUGCCUUUUAAUUACUGAAUCCUUAGUCCUUAUUUUUUGUGAAUAGUAGAUGAUAUGAUUUAUCAUCUUUAAGUCCUAUUUUGUCUUAUACUAGAAGAUUUCAUAAUCCUAGGAUGUACGCACCCUUGCCAGUUAUGACUAAAAACUUGAAAGAGAUUAAAACUUCUGGAAAUCCUUUCAAAUUUCCCAAAUUUGGUCACAUGCGGUGGUGGCCCAUUCAUUCCUGUGUGCAGUCAUUUCAUUCAUCUUGGGGGAGGCUGGUAAUUAUGUUUCUUUGCAGCAUUUCUCAUCACCAGAUUUGUGUUUCCUGUUGUUUUUAUAAGAUGAUUUUGCUCCCUUUGUAUUGGUUUAUGUUAUGGCAUAUGGUAGCCAAGGUUGUAUGAGCGUUAAAGGAAAAUUCCUAAGAAACUGUAAGAGCCCUCAAAUUGCUUCUUACUUGGGACAAUACAUUUUUCUAGUUCUUACCAAGAAUAACAACUUCCACUUUUUUUUAAACUGCACUUUUGACCUUAUGUUUUUUUUUAUGGUAUAUAAACAAUAAUUUAUAAACAUGAUAUAAAAACUCAUUGUGUUUUUUUAGACUUUUGAUAUUAUUUGAUACUGUACAAACUUUAUUAAAUCAAGAUUAAAGACCUACAUGAGCGAUUUCUUUCAGUGUUCAUAUUAGUGGCUUUAUGUACAAAUAUGCUGUGAUGGAACGACACGUUAUAACUUACUGUAAAGACCUUAGUAAUGUGUACGUAAGCAUUUGUUUCCUUUUGUUAUUGCAUUUAGUUUAUGAUGAAAUUUUCACUGUGUGUUAUUUAUUGUUCUAAAUCACUACACAAAUCUUACAUUAAAAUUAAAUGCAUUGUUACAUGAUUCUUCAAUCAUGUUAUUGCCCUGAGAUUUUGGAUCUUAGGUAUAUAUGGAAAGGAAUCCAUUUAUCAAAUUAUAACUAACACAGACAUGCCAUUUUAAAGAGAGAAAUUCUCAUUUUGAUAUUUUUUGUAGCAAAUUCUCAAUGAAAUGAGAAAUUAAAGGUUCACUGAAUUUCAUUGGUUUUUUAAGAUAUCACAUGUAUGGGUUUUCUCAGAUUAGUGAAAACUGGGACCUUUAAAUAUGAUACAUAUAAAAUACCCCUUCAAAAUGUUUCUUAUAGCACAUUUUUUUAUUUUUUAAAAGUAUAUAAUAUCCAGGAGAUAGGAAAACCUAUAGAUAGUAUAUUCAUGAUUUAGCAUUUUUUAAAGUCAGCAUAAUUUCCUGUUUUAAAGAUAAAAUUUGGGAAAGUAGAAAGACUUAAUGAAUGUAGUAUUCAUUGAACUAAUGAGCCAGAGCCAGAUUAGAUAGAAAUCCUUUUAGUAGCUACGUUGAAUAGGCAUUCUAGUAGUUAGUAGCCAGCCAACAUUUGAACAGCAUAGUAAAUAUUUAAUAUAACUGUGAUCUCAUUCUUCAUGAUCAUGAAGGAAAACUAGCAAUUUUCUAUGUAAAACUAUAUCCAUUAUAAAAACAGCUGUUAAGUCCAUCAUUAACACCUACAUUAUAGUAGAAACUAAUACAGUAUGCUUAACUACAUUAAUUCUAGUCACUUGUAACUAUAUUUUUGAAAGUUGUAUCCUACUUUCUUUUAAAAGGACAUGAAGAGGCCUACAAAAUAGAGCCUUUAAAGAAGACAUUUAACAUUAAAACAGCACAGAACUACAUAGCUUCAGGCAACCCCACUUAGCAAGUAAAGCUUGGACAACAAUUUUGGUUCUAAACUUUCUGGCUGCUGAAACAAAUGAAAUAGUUUUUGUUUUUCACAGUAGAGAACCCAAACUGCAGAGGCUAGUUUUCUCUUCAACUAAAGAAAGAGGAUCUGUAUAUAGAACAACAUUUCCUCAGAACUUAAAUAAGAUGCAAAAUGCAGAGAGAAGUCAGAAUGGUAAAUCUUUAUCUAGUGAAGGCACAUCUUAAUACAGUCGGAUCAUCGGUUUUUCAUCAGUCUGUCUGCAGGGGUAGAACUGAAGAGCCAGAUGAUCGGUAUUAGCUAAGCCAGCCUUAAACUGCCCUAUCUUGUAUGCCUUCAUCGAAGUAUAGAUGGCUAUUAGGCCUUGUUUAAACAUUUUUUAGUCAAACAUUUAUUUGGCAGUACACUAUAGGAAAAGAAGAGAAUGGAACUAUUUUUUAGGCAUUAUUACCAGCGUAACACUAAUUGCUGUAUUAUAUAGUCUUCAUCUUUGAGGUUAGUAAGAAAACUUCACAAAUUGUUUACUGAAGUAAAAGCCAUAAAUUUUAGUAAUGAAAGAUGAACUUUAGCCAUCUUGUGGAAGUUAUUACACCCUUCACAGAAAAGACAGAAGCCAGUUGUUAAAAUACAGUGGAAAAUGCAAAGCUGGAGGGGAAAGUAUCUUCAAUUCAGGAGCGGCACUUAAGGACACCUCUACAAUGUUGUUACCUUUCACCUGAGAACCUGAGUUUAGCACAAGAUAUCAACACUCAAGUGCCCGCAAAUUGCAGGAAAUCUAUGAAUCCUAACAUCUAAAGUACUUACGGAUAAAGUGUGAUGUAUCUUUUGUGGAGGGAAAUGUUCAACCUAAAGGUUUAACAAAAAGCAAAAGAUUUUCAACCUUUCACAUCACAAAAGAGAUUAAAAAGGCUCCUUUGACUUGUUAACAGCUUUUGUGUCUGUCCUUGUCAUGUUUCAUGUAAUUACUAAGCAUUAAAAGAACCUCCUAAAUGCUUCUAAAUAUUUUUAUAGUUCUGUUUUCUGAUAAGCAGGAUGCUUUCUGGUUUCAGGAGUGUGUCAGGUGAUGAGACAGGACAGGGAAAAAGCCUAGUUGUGAUUCCAGGAGUGAUUCUCAAAGGGGAUUUAUGCCCUCUUACAAAAUGGUGUCUGCUAAAUUGUUCAUGAAGGGACCUUGAGUUUUGGGUUUUUUGUUUUUUUUUAAGAUGAUCUGUUCAACUUCAUUAAUGAGAAUUCUGAGGUCCAGAGAAGAGGAGUACCCACAUCUCAGAACUAGUCCCAUGCUCUUGCCUUGCCUUUGCUGUUUUUCCCCUGCUUUAGCUAGCUGGAAGUUUUAAAGGUCAAGCAGUUCUAAACGGCAGCCCAGAUGUUCCAUGUAAGCUUGUCAGUCAUUCUGAUUUAAAAUGUAUUUUAUUCUAUAAUAAUUUUUUUCAAAGCAUUUUACUUUUUUUUUAAAAUCGAUGUAACACUAUUCUAUAAUUUUGUUGCCAUGACUUCUUGGCAUCUGCAAACUGCAAGACAAUUACUGUGAAUUCUUAAUAAACAAUGUUAACAAUUUACAGGUUUGGCAUCAGAUAAAAAGAGCUUCAGUGUUUUGCAUUUGUGAUCUUUCUUAAAUCUAAAGGAAACAGUGUAUACUCUAGAAAUUAAAGAUUUGUGUGCUGUAUCUCUUGAGUUUGGAGAAUGAUUUGAGUUCUGAGCCAUGAUGACAAGUUGACCUCAGAUAUCUUUUUUAGGUCCCUGCAAAAUCAGUUUUCCAUGUUUUAUAUACCUCAACAAAUUAAAAUUCUGAAUUUGCUUUUUUUU